AUGUUUACUGAAAAUCUCUCGGUUGGUCUUGGCUUGGUGAAUGGUGCUCUCGGAACUGUCGAGGAUAUUGUUUGGGCUGAGGGUGCCGACUAUCGGACUAACGCCCCUGAAGCCAUCUUCGUGGCGUUUAAUAGGUACAGUACCCCUCUUGAAUUCUGCAUUCUACUUCUACUCCACGGGGAAGCUUUUUCAGGGCCACCUCUUAAUCAUUCUCAGCAACCUAUAAUAUUUAUACAACAUUAG